UUCAUUCUACAAACCCAGCACAGAAACGAAGCGCAGUAACAGAAACCACCAGAGAGACAAAGAAGAAGAAGAUGGGGAAGAAAGCGAAGACGUCCAGGAAGGGAAAGAAGGCGUGGAGAGCCAACAUUAGCACGGAGGACAUCCAGGACUUCUUCGAGCAGUCCACCAAAGACGCUCUCUCCGGCGGCAAUCUCUCUCAGGCUCCCGAUGAAGCUCUCUUCUUCGUCGACAACUCCAAAGAUCUUUCGGUGAAGAGGAAGAUUGAAAAGCAUAGAGAGAAAGUGCUUCACAUUGACAGCAUGCUACAGAAAAACCCAUUUGUAAAAGCAGUGCCUUCUUCAACACUAAAGAAGUCCAAGAAAAAGCGAAAACAGAUUGCAAAUGCCAAAGAUGUGACUGAAUGCGGCACUGAGGGUUCUGUCUCAACUUCUGGCAUGGCUGACCUAUGGGGUGAUAAAGGUGGUGACAAUCGUGUGGUCAAGAAGAUGAUGAAGCCUUCACCUAUUCCUGCUGUAGAAGUUGAGCCUCCAGGUUGCUCAUAUAAUCCCACAGAUGAAAGUCAUCAGGAAGCAUUGGCUCAUGCUGUUGCAGAUGAAAUGCAGAAAGUCUAUAGAAAUGAGCUAGGGCCUGAACCAGUGCCUCUAACUGUUCCAGGGGAGACUAUUGAUGAAGAAGAAAUGUAUUUUAUUGAAGCAGAUGAAGGCAGUGAUGAUGAUAUGAAUCCAGAAAACUUGGAUGAGAAUGAGCAUGGUGCAUCUGAGAAAAGGCCCUUUAAAACAAAGAGGGUGACAACAGUCGAAUUAAAUAAGAGAGCUAGGCGUAAAGAACAGCUGAAAAGGGAAGCAGAAGCAAAGAAGGUGCAGAAGCUUUCCAAAGAAAUUGAUGGCUUACCAGAUAUCCUUCAGGAAAUAGCUGAAGACGACGAGGAGAAGCUAAAAAGACAUCUUCGACGAGUUGUAGCUAAAAAGGAAAAAUCUAAGUCAUGUCCCCCGCGCUUGGGGAAGCACAAAUUUGAACCUGCCCCAGUUCAAGUCCUUCUGACUGAAGAAAGAACUGGAUCCAUCCGUAAACUGAAGGGUUGUUGCACCCUUGUCAAGGAUCGCUUCAAGAGUCUUGAAAAAAGAGGAUUAAUCCCAGUGAAGGCCAACAAAAGGAAAUAUUAAUUGAUUUCACAAGAUGGCAAUGAAAGGUGAAAAUAAAGUCUCAUCAAUUGGGGUUUAUGCAAGAUCGCCUACUUAUGCCGAAGAAUAUGAAAAUUUUGUCACAAUCAAGCUCACUAGUUCAUUAGUUUAUAGCUUAUAUCAAUUUUCGCCUCUUUGUUCUUCAUGUUUCCUUCUGUUGCCAGUAUAUUUGUUUCAUCUUUCUAUUUGGUUGAAAAUUCUCAGUUCAAACAUCACUUGGUUGUACUUGACCCGAAUAUUUAUAGCAGUGAUUCCCAGUUUAAUUCA